AUGGCUUCCUCUUGUCACAAGCAGACGUUAGCGCGUACAUGUAAGGGACCAACAAAAGUCAGACAGCCUGCGGUGACCGAUAGCAUGGCCGAACCAGAGGAUUUUGCCGACCAGGUCCUAUCAAGGGAUGCGCGGACUUCCGAUGCGUUGGCUGCGCCCAUGCGUGCUUGGGACGGCAACGCACAGAUGAGGGCGGCAGGGCCCGUUUGUGAGGAGGAAAAAUGA